AUGUAUAAGACUUAUGGUCCCCCAGUAAGAAAUAUUAUUAAUUCUACGUAUAAUGAAACUAUUGAAGCUAAUAGAUUAAAAGAUAUGUGCGUCCAAAGAGAAGGUAAAGAGGACUGCUUGUAUUUGAAUAUUUACACACCAAUGCUGAAUAGUAGUGUUAACAAUAAUAAUAAAACGUAUCCAGUAAUGUUUUGGAUUCAUGGAGGUUCAUUUCAUUCAGGAUCUGGAACUUAUAAUUUAUACGGUCCUGAUUAUCUAGUUCACGAGGAUGUAAUUUUAGUCACAUUCAAUUAUAGAUUGGGAGUGUUUGGAUUUUUAUCAGCAUCGGAAUGGGGAAUCUAUGGAAACAUGGGUUUAAAAGAUCAAUUGCUAGCUCUUCAAUGGGUAAAUGAAAAUAUCGGGCAUUUUAAAGGAAACAAAAGUAGUAUUACGUUAUUUGGAGAAUCUGCCGGUGCAGCAAGUGUUCAUUAUUUGAUGAUGAGUAAUUUAACUAAAGGCUUGUAUCAAAGAUAG